GCUGGUGGCACCAGCGAGGCUUCCCUAGUUGUAACUCUCGGGAGACCACAGGGACAAGUUUAUUUUUGUUUUUAAGUUUUUAUUUUGGAAGCGAGGCCUUGCCAAGUUAUGAGAUCUCGGACACUCCAGUGUCACUGUGUCCCGUGCUCGGGAGGCUGAGCAUUUCCGGGUCGCUGGUCGACCUUGGCUGGGGUGGUGCAGACCCGCCCCGAGAGCUCCCGGCGGAAGGCAGGGAGGCCCGGGAAUCCCAGAGGGUGGGAGCGGAGCCGAGGCGUCCGCCUGGAGCUUGGUUCCCUACCGCGGGAAUCUGCGCGACUGCUUUUGCUCUUCAAGCCCAGGGCCGAGAUGCUGGGAAACGUCGCUCUUCGCUUCUGCACUGGGAGGCCUUGCUGUUCCGAUUCGUGUCGCUCUGAGAUGCUGGGCCUUGUAGGCCACUUCUCAAAUCAGCGACUUUGAUUUGCAGCCUUCACUCACAGCCUCAGGGUCUCACUAAAUUGCUGAGGCUGAUCUGGAACUUGUGAUUCUCCUGCCUCAGCCUCACUAGUCUGGGAUUACAGGAUGGCCCACAAAAUGGAAUCAACGGCAAAGAAGAUGUUUAAAGGAAUUUUAGUAGCUGAAUUGAUGGGCGUUUUUGGAGCUUAUUUUUUGUUUAAUAAGAUGAAUACAAGUCAAGAUUUCAGGCAAACAAUGAGCAAGAAAUUUCCCUUCAUCUUGGAAGUUUACUAUAAAGCCAUCGAACAGUCUGGAAUGUAUGAAAUCAGAAGGCAAGAUCAAGAGAAAUGGUUGAAUAGCAAAAAUUAAGACCAGUCAUCACGUUCAGCCUCCCAUCUGAGCUGUUUGAGACCUUUGAAAGGAGAAGAAAGAUGAGUUUAAUCCCAUUAUAGACUCUGGACUACCACAGAACAUUCUACCAAGUAACAGGAACUUCAGGUCUGCUUUGGCCUGUGACUUCCCACCCACUAUGCAAACCCACUCCUUGUUCGUUGCUCUUCUGUUUUUAUUGUCAAAGAUUAAUAUUUUACAAAUAAAUGACUAAGGAAGAAAAAGGAAAAAA